AACCCACAAUGAUAAUAAACUCAAAUAACAGCACACACAUACGUUUUUGUUAUAUCAAGUAUCAACAUGCCUUCAGCGACCCAGAAGCACUUGGACAGGGAAAUCAGGGAGAUGAUGUCUGCCAUCACUGAUCGUGUGACGGGUGGAGGGUCCAGCCAGCAUUUGGAGAAGGAGGAUGAAGAUGAUAGGAGGAUCAUUACCCUCGCCGGAAGCAACGACGGAGCAACAAUGCGAAGCGAAUUGGAUGAAAAAAAAGGGAAAAAGAGUGAGGGUGAGGGUGAAGCAUUGAGCACAUUUGUGAACAGCAACUUCCAAGCCAUCAACAACUCGAUCAUGCUUGGUGGGAGCUACCAAGCCAAUGACCCUGGUGUGCAUUUGGACAUCCAUGAUUUCGUUCAUCAACCUCCUCCUCAUCCUCAUGCACACAAGGCUGAGAAGCCAGCGAAGAAGGGAAAGAAAAAAGACAAAGAAACUUCCAAAACUCAAAAAUCAUAGAUGUGCUGACUUCUAAGCAAAAUCAUACCUCAUAGAGUGCCCACUGCCCAGGAAUAAACAUUUUGUGUCAAUCUUAAACCACUCGUCUAUGUAUGCUUGAAUCAACAUCUUUUUCUCAUAUAUUUUUGGAUUAUUUUCUGCUU